AUGGCAAACAGAGUUACAAAAGGCAGGAAGUUGAAAAGAGCUAGCGAGGAUGGCAAUGAAUCAAGAUCAGUCAAGUGGAAAACGACGCAUGACGUUCAAGAAAAUGGAAACGAACAAAUUGAUAUCGGUUCUCUCUUGAUGAAUACGGCAGAGGGAAAGUUGGUUCUAGAUAUCUUGAAACUGAUCGCAGCUGUGGUGAAUAAACAGAAAAUAUGGCGGUAUAUGAGUAUAGUGCACUAUUCAACAGUCCGUCUUGAGCAGAAGAUUUCUGGUGAAACUCCUCUUGAAAACCCAAGAUGUAGAUUUUGCGCGGAUACACCGAGUUGCCCUCUUCAGUAUCAAACAAUAGCAUUUACAGGGCCCCCCGCGAACGUAAAUAGCGAAAAGGUUAACGAAGAAGAAAAGAACCAAGUGGAAGCAUCCAAGAAGGCCGUCGCAAGAGAUGAGAAGCUAUAG